ACAGCCCGAGCGCGGGUGGCUGGAACUCGGAGUUUAGAGAAGAACUUGCAGAGUGACCGAGUCGCGCCUCUGCUGUGCUCCUGAUCCCGUGGGGCCAUGCCCGACACACACUGAGCGUGUGUAGCGCCGGCUGCGGGAGGGCGAGGCGCACGCCGCCGUGUCGGUCAUGGGCAGCUUCCAGCUGGAAGACUUUGUGGCAGGCUGGAUCGGAGGCUCCCUGCAAAGCCGGUCUCAUAGCCAGUCACCUGCAACCCAUGGACAUGAUGCUUAGCAGGUUCCAGGUAGGCUGAAGUACCUGUGCUGUGUCUUCCAAGGUGUGGCCAGUGUCAUUGUUGGGUACCCUCUGGACACAGUCAAGACUCGCCUGCAAGCUGGUGUCGGCUAUUCGAACACAUUCAACUGUAUCCGCAUGGUGUACAAGAGGGAGCGUGUGUUUGGCUUCUUCAAGGGCAUGUCCUUCCCCCUGGCCAGCAUCGCCAUCUAUAACUCCGUGGUGUUCGGGGUCUUCAGCAACACCCAGCGGUUCCUUAGCAAGUGCCGCUGUGGGGAACCUGAGGCUGGCACUGGCCGAAGUCUGUCUGACCUGCUCCUGGCUAGCAUGCUGACUGGUGUGGUCUCUGUUGGGCUGGGCGGGCCCGUGGAACUCAUCAAGAUCCGACUGCAGAUGCAAACACAGCCGUUUCGGGAAGCUAGCCAUGGAUUGAAGUCCAGGGCGGUGGCAGCAUACCAGGGACCAGUGCACUGCAUUGCAACUAUUGUGCAGAUGGAGGGCCUGACAGGGCUGUACCGGGGAGCCAGCGCCAUGCUGCUGAGAGACAUCCCGGGAUAUUGCUUCUACUUUAUUCCCUAUGUGUUCCUGAGUGAGUGGAUCACACCUGAGGCCUGCACAGGGCCCAGCCCCUAUGCAGCAUGGCUGGCAGGGGGCAUUGCAGGGGCAAUUUCCUGGGGGACAGCAACUCCGAUGGAUGUCGUGAAAAGUCGAAUCCAAGCAGACGGGGUCUAUUUAAAUAAAUACAGAGGAGUCAUGGACUGCAUCUCCCAGAGUUACCGGCAAGAAGGCUUUAAGGUGUUUUUCAGGGGCAUCACUGUGAAUGCUGUGCGCGGCUUCCCCAUGAGUGCGGCCAUGUUCCUUGGGUAUGAGCUCUCACUGAAGGCGCUCCGGGGAGAGCACACCGUGAGAAGCGAAUGAGGUAUCAGGAUAAUAUAGAAACUACAGAAAGAGCAAAGCAAGAAUUCCUGUGAUCACCAUAAGGUCCAAUCGUAGCCUGAAACCCAGAGCCGACUUUGCACAGCGCAGCUGCCUUCCUGCCUAAUGGCCUGGAACCAUGUCCGAGUCACGUGGUUUAAAUCUUCAGCUACAAAAUGGCUUUAGAAGCAAGACCUCAGCUCCCCGGAGUGACUGGGUACUUGUCCUAGUUGUCACACUAGGCCACUCUUGGCCACCCUGAGGACUGGCUCUUUAAGGCGGCUGGAGGAAGUUUCUAGAGAGCCAACUCGUGGCAUUUGAGAGCACGGUAUCCGAGCCAGCUGGAAGCUUUCCUUUCUGAAUGUCUUCUCCCUUGUAAAGGGUUGGGAAACCCGUCUCCUUAGGGAAAAAAACACAAAAACAAAACCAAAACAAAAUAAAACCCUCUAAGCAGCAGCAGUAAGGUUGGAGGUCUCAAGUGGGACAGAGUGAACCAGCAGCAUAGUCUUCCCCCCACCCCCACC